AUGUGCUCAUUGGAGGUGCGGGUCGUCAAGUCGGAGGUGUCGGUCGUGGCGAGUGACGAGGACUGCGUGUCGGUGUGUUCGGAGGGCAGCGCCGCCCGCGCCAGGGAUCAGCUCGCCAUGGCUUGUUCCGUGGUGCUCGAGCGCCUCCGCGACGACGCGACUGUUCACAGUGGAGGCAAACCAUACCGCUGCGAACACUGUGGCAAGCGUUUCAAAAACAAGUGUAUUUUAAGGAAACACAUAAAACACACGCACUCGUCAACCGGACCAAAACCAUAUGCUUGUGAUUUUUGUAAUUUUACGUUUCAAACCGAAUUGCUUGUGAUACAACACGAGAAAAGUGAACAUGGUGUUUCAAAUUUCAUGUGUGGUGAAUGCGAGUAUACAACGAGUUCCAAGAAAAGUUUGGAGACUCAUCUAAGGAGCCAUUCUUUAAAGAAUAAUUCCAAUUGUAGUCACUGUAGUUACACAAGUUCGUGUAAAACUGAUUUACACGAACACCAAACAAUACAUUUUGCUGGGAACCUUUUAAAGUGUAGCGACUGUGAUUAUAAAUGCAGUUAUAAUUCACGGCUACUACGACACCUGAUGAUACAUACUGGGGCGAAGCCAUUUCAGUGUAGCCACUGUGAUUACAAAUGCAGUCGGAAGUCACACCUACAACAACACCUGAUGUUACAUACUGGGGCAAAGCCAUUUCAGUGUAGCCACUGUGAUUACAAAUGCAGUCUGAAGUCAAACUUACAAAGACACCUGAUGAUACAUACUGGGGCGAAGCUAUUUCAGUGUAGCCACUGUGAUUACAAAUGCAGUCAGAAGUCAGACUUACAAAGACACCUGAUGAUACAUACUGGGGCGAAGCCAUUUCAGUGUAGCCACUGUGAUUACAAAUGCAGUCAGAAGUCAGCCUUACAAACACACCAAAGGAUACACACUGGAGAAAAGCCUUACAAAUGUAGUCAUUGUGAUUACAAGUGCAAAAAUAGUUCAAACUUACGAAGUCAUGAAAGGACACAUACUGGCGAGAAGCCAGAGUUACAAAGACACCUACUGAAACAUACUGGAGCGAAGCCAUUUAAAUGUAACGAUUGCGACUUCAGCUGCAGGCAGAAAGGAAAGUAUUUAACACACCAGAGGAUACACACUGGAGAGGAGCCGUACAAGUGUAGUCACUGCGACUACAAGUGCAAUCGGAAAGGGGACUUGCUAAAACAUCAGAUGAUACACACUGACGAAAAGCCUUUUAUUUGUACCCACUGCAACUACAGGAGUAGAUAUAAAUAUACUUUACAAAGACAUCUCAGAACGAAACAUUCCGGUAUAAAACCCUGAAAUUACGCAAGUGUUCGGAAAUAUGAUCCGCUAGUUACCGGUAGAGCAUGUGUCGGGUGUGGGCUGUGUGAUGUGUGUGUCGUGGUUCCCUUGCACGCGCGUGCACGAGGUGUUCCCGGUGUCGUGCCGGCGUGUGUCGUGCAGGACGAGUGAGCAGCGUGAGGCUGCUUAAGGUUGCGUUUCCACCAGAGAUGUGCGGGGAUGCGUAGCAAGGGAUGUUUUUUUUUAAGAACCAACAGAAUCACUUCAUUUGUUUUCUACGCUCAGCGUGUAGUGAUUCUAUUGGUUCUUAACAAACACAUCCCUCGCUACGCAUCCUCGCACAUCUCUGGUGGAAACACAGCCUUACACAAACACUUAAGAUAUGACUGUUUGCGGAUAAUGUGUCAAUACUCAAUACAUACGAACUUUUUGUUAUUCUGUUUAAUAUUUUGCUUACACCGGCCGUAAAGUUAGUAGUUUUGACACUACACCAUACAUUUUUAAAUGAAUAAUAACUACCAUGAAAUAAAACACUAUUGAUGUUAA